AUGUUCGCGAGCCCGCACAGCAGCCUCAUCGCGCUCCUCGUCCCGGCCAUGACCAACGUCCACACCGUGCUCACGCGCCUCAGCCUUGACGGUGCCAUGAAGGUCUCCUCCCCCAUCGCCCUCACCGCGCUUCGCGCCUCAUACCCGCCCUCCGCGGCCGUGUUCCCGAACGACCUCGCGGAGCGCGUAAUGCGCACGAUGCUCGACCUCCUCCGUCACACCGGCUCCUACCUCAUGGUCAACGCCUACACCUUCUUCGCCUACUCCGCUGACGCCGCGCUCAUCUCCCUCGACUACGCCGCCAUUCGGCUCGACACCGGCCUCAUCAUCGCUCACCAGGUGUUCGAUCUACGUCCGCAACGAGCAGCACUUCUUUAA